CCAGGGAGGCCAGGCGGCGGCCGGAGGGGGGCGGAGCCGUGCCGGCGGCCCGCCCACUACUCCAUCUGGCUCAGUCAGUCGCAGCCCGGCCUUCGGCGAAGGAGGAAGUGCCGCGGAGUUCUAACCAUUUAUCAUGUGGGCGACAUGCUGCAACUGGUUUUGCCUGAACGGGCAGCCCGAGGAGAUCCAGCACUGCCCGCAGCAGGGGACCCGCGCGCAAGCCUACGCCAACGCCGGCUACAGCUCCUUCCCUUCGCCCACUGGCCCUGAGCAGGGCUGCAAAGGCUGCGGGGCCCGUUUCAGCAACGCCUCCCUUAAGCACAUCUGCCUGGACUGUAAAAAGACCUUCUGCCUCGCCUGCUCGCACCAGCCGGAGAGCGGCCCCUGCCUCUGCCACCUCUGCGAGCUCCGGGCCACAGCCUUCCCGGAGGAGCUGAUCAAAAUGAAGGGGAAAGACCUGCGGGACUACCUGGAGCUGCGGGAGAUCUCCACCGAAAUGUGCCGCGAGAAGGAUGAGCUGGUGUAUCUGAUCAUCGGCCAGCAGCCCACUGUGGGUCCCCAGGGAGACAGGACUGCCCGGGUUUCUCCGGUGACGAUCGUCUCCCCUGCCCAGGAGCGAGAGGCCCCUGCACCUACCUCAUCCGGACUGUCCUGCUGAGUGGCCUCGACAGACCCUGCCUUGCAGACUGAAGAGCAGCCGCAGGCAAAUGGGCAUGUUACCGACCAGGGCGACAUGGCGGAAGUCGAGAACGCAGUGGAAGCACUGACCGAGGAGGAGACGCAGUCCACCGACUCUGAGGAUAACCUAGUUCCGGGGCGGAGGGCAUCCCUCUCUGACCUGACAGUGAGAGACAUCGAUGCCCUCUCCGUAAGGCAGCUGAAGGAGAUCCUCGCUCGGAACUUUGUCAACUACAAGGGCUGUUGUGAGAAAUGGGAGCUGAUGGAGAGAGUGACCCGCCUGUACAAAGAGAAGGACCUUCAGCAGCUGGUUUCUGAUACGGAUGAUCAAGCUGCUCCCUCUGGCAACGCCACUCUCCCUGGCUCGGAGGACAACCUCUGCAAGGUCUGCAUGGACUCAGUCAUUGACUGCGUCCUCCUGGAGUGCGGCCACAUGGUUACCUGCACCAAGUGUGGGAAGCGCAUGAACGAGUGCCCCAUCUGCCGGCAGUACGUGAUCAGAGCUGUCCAUGUCUUCAGGUCUUAAGGGCUUUGUCCGAAGCAGGGCGGAAU